UUUUUUUUUCGAAUAAUAUCACCAAACUUUGUACAUUUUUUCCUGGUUUAUUUUCCUCGGUGUGCGCUUUCGGUUUCAAAACCGAUAGUCCUAGCGUUUUCGGUUGUUUGUGUCGGUUUUUGUUGCGGUUUUGUAGUUUUUUGUGUGUUUUUGUGGUUUUUGGAAAAAAGCUUAACUUUGUGGAUACUCUGUGGUUUCGAGCAGUGGGUUUGUCCGCAGCUAUGCGGCUUACUCUCUCCUGAAUCAGUAUCAGGGACUGUUUUCCAUCUUAGAUUUCUCGGUUGAGAUGCGGUAGCCCGGAUGGCGAUGGGUGAAUUCCGGCGGACGCACUCCAAGGUCUGGUGGUCGCACUACCCCUCGGACGACGGCGACGACGAGGACGGGCCCUCCGGCUCGGCGGCGGGGCACCCGUGGGGCCCGGGGGCGGCCCCCUCGCCGCACUGGGGCCCCGGCCUCUCCCUGAGCGGCAUCGGCGAGCGCCGCUUCUCCAGCAGCCCGAGCAGCGGCUCCCACAAGUCCCAGGACUCCGGCUUCUCCGACUCCGAGUCCAGCUCCCCCUCCGGCAGCACCCGCAGCACCAGCGGCACCAAGAUCAACAAGAGCCCCCUCAAGGAGGAAGAAGACGAGGCGCGCGAUGACGUCAGUGAUGGGGUUCGAGAUGACGUCAGCGAUGGAGUCAGGGAUGACGUCAGUGAUGGAGUCAGGGAUGAUGUCAGUGAUGGGGUUAGAGAUGAUGUCAGUGAUGGAGUCAGGGAUGACGUCAGUGAUGGGAGCACGCCCGAGCCCAAGUUCGUGGACCCGAUGCUCCUGCGCAUCCCCCUCUCGAGGAUACCCCGCGUUUGCCUCGCUCACAAGUCCAAGCCGGACCCCGAGGCUGAGUCCAAGAUCGCCCCCAACGAGAAUAUCAUACUCGAUAUCAAAGAGGAGGUGAGCCAGGACGAGCUGACGCGUCGCUACAAGACGGAGCCGCGGAAAUGCGAGCCGAGCUACCAGCGCCACUCGGUCUCCCUCGAGCUCCACAGCUCCCCGUUCCAGUUCCAGUUACCGCCCAAGUUCAACAGCAUGGAGUGUCUCCUCAACGAGCAGAACCUCUUCUCCAGCACCAGGAACACCCCCCGGCGUCGCUCCAGCCUCACCGACGAUUCGGACGCCUCGCCGCCGCCCUCCCCCAAACCCGUCCGCAAGUCCACCUGCAAGAUCGUCGAAGAAAUACCAAAGAAAUCCUUCCUCCAGGCCCUCAACGCCUCCAGGCUCGACUCCAGCGAGAAGGAAAACAUCCAACCCAACCUCAAUAGCUCCGCGGAGAGUCGUAUCCCAGACAAGAACUCCAAUCUGAGUCGUCCCUUGGAAAAGAACUCCAAGAAAAGUCUUCCUAUCGGAAAGAGUCUUAGAGAAUGUAGACCUUGCGAGAAGAACUCUACUGAGAGCCAUCCCAGCGAUAGCUUUACGGAAUGUAGACCUUGUGAGAAGAACUCUAAUGAAAGCCAUCCCAGCGAUAGCUUCACGGAAUGUAGACCUUGUGGAAAGAGCUCCAGUGAGAGUCAUCCCAGCGAGGAAGAGUUCAGACCGUGCGAAGCGAACUCCAGCGAGAGUCAUCCUUCUGGAAAAGAACGUCUUUCCUGCGAGAAGAAUUCCCCCAGUGGAAAGAACUCCAGUGAAAGUCAGUCUUGCGAAACCCAAGAGGGUGAAGGUGGUGCUUGCGACAAGACCGCCUCGGCCGAGAAGGACCCCUGGGUGACCUCGCAAGUCGUGGAGAGCGGCUGGAAGGAGAGCUUCAGGGAGGAGAUCCGAGAGAAGACCUCCAAGUACAAAGAAACCGUGUUCUGCGGGACGAGUGAUAAGACUUCUAGUGAUAACGAGCGGACGGGGCGCUACUCGAGCAUCAUCCAGAUCACCGCGGAGCGGACGAGCGUCUGCGACCGGGUCACCGAGGGCUUGGAGCGGAUCCCGGAGGAGAGCCCGACGUCGACGACGAGCGAGGAGACGGUGCGCUUCAUCGGGAACAUCGACCUCUCGAAGACGGAGGAGCGGGACGAGCGGAACGUGGCGACGGGCGAGGACAAGGACAAGACCUCGAAGAGCAACCUGUCGUGGUCGCCGAUCAAGUCGGAGACGGAGGAGGUGGACGGGUCGCCGAACAAGACGGUGGUCUUCGGGGCGGCGAGCGAGCUCCCGGGGGCGCCCUCGCACACGUCGACGCCCAAGGGCGUCCCGGCGCCCAACCGGGCCCGGCGUGACCAGCGGCGGCUCAGCCGCAAGGGGCUCUUCCUCCAGCAGGAGACCAAGAGCAAUUGGGAUUCCUCAGUAGCUCAGUGGCUCUUUGAACUAGGAACGAGGUAUGAAGCUGAGUGCAUGACCACUCUUCAACAUAAAUGCCUCACUACUGGUCACAGUCAAAAGGUUUCUGUAAUUACCGCUGCGUCAUCUCAAUUUGUCCGAGACUUGCAACAACGGACAAAAUGUAUUGCUGCGGAAUUCUCCAAGCUCUACAGGCAUGCAGAGAGUGAAUCAAAAGAACAGGUUGGACCAUCAGUGCAAAGUCUUGUAGGACUUUUGGAUGAAUUUACGCAAUACAUUAGGAAAACAAUGACGUCAGCAUCUAUUUUCAAUUUUUCUUCAAGGGAGGAGAAUGAACUAUUACGGAUAUCAAAGGCUUGCAACCGCUUGAAAGCAACGACCAAUGAUAUUCCGUUAAAAUUUAGCUGUUUUUCUUCUGAUCUGUCUCAUGUCGGGAAAUUAUUCUCGCAAUUUGUUGAUUCUCUUCUUAAGUGCCAAAUUAAGUCAUUAAUUCAAAUUCUGGAAGAGCCCGCUUCAGAUGUAACCCUUCUCUCUGCUUUAUCUGGUUUGACUGGUAUGGGUCUAGAAGCGACGCAUUUGGCGUCUCUGGUGGCCCGAUGUAAUGGAGUCCGUGCCAUUUUGGCGAUCUGCCUUGACUCACGAUGGACAACCGUCCGGAUUGCAGCGCUCAGAACCCUAGCUACUGUCUGCUGCUCUGCCCAGAGUAUAAGGCAGUUAGAGAAGGCAAGAGGAGUUGAGGUAUUGGCCGAUUUACUCUCCGAUGAGAAGAAGUCCGAAGCGGAACUUUCCGAAGCAGCAUCGGUGCUUGCUCAGAUUACAGCUCCUUGGAUCGAGGACAAUCACAAAGUGGAAGGCCUGCAGGAUUUCAUCAAUAUAUUUGUAACUUCGCUCACCAGGCUGGUGCAGAAAACCAAAUCAAGCGAGACUCUCCUGUUGGCAUCUGCAGCGCUGGCGAAUCUGAGUUUCAUGGAGCCCAAAGCGGUAUACGCUCUGCUAGAAAUGGGAUCGGCAGGUUACUUACUAGCAGCCGUGCGGAAGCUCGGAGCGAGAGCUUCAGUCUUCUUGCAGGAGCAAGCAGCAACCAUGAUUGCAAAUAUGGCAGCUGUGGCGGAGACCAGGGAGCAUUUGGCCAAGCACAGAGCAGUUGUCGCUCUCCUAUGUUUCCUCCAAGUCCGACACUCGCCCCUCCAGAGAUCAUCCGAAAUUGCUGCUGCUGAGAGGCUUCAACACAAAUCUGCCAUUGCUCUUUCAAGAUUGUGCAGCGAUCCAGAGGUUUCGCAGCAGGUUGUUGAGCUGCAUGGUGUUGGUCGAUUGGUCCGAUUAUGCAAAGAAAAACGAGAAAGAAAUCACAGUGAUGCUGUUCUUGUUGCUUGUCUUGCUGCUUUGAGGAAAAUCACGAAGAACUGCGGAACAACUAUCAUGGAGGAAAAUGACGUCUCUCAGCUUGUUGAGCCCAGGCUUUUGGACUCAUUUUUGACAUACUCAUCCAAACAAGAAAGUUAUGUGUAGGAAUACAACCUACAAGCUAUUUCGGAAGACAAAAACUAUGCAAUCGAAGCUGCAGCUUUGUAACCAGCAACAAUGUCACCCCAUUUUGUAAUGUGAAUCAAUUUCAAUCGAUUUUUUUCUGACUGUGACGAGUUAUCUGAGAUAAGAAAUGGAGAAAAUUUGAUUUUCUGAAGAGAUAAAAUCAAAGAAAAAUUUCUAGAUUCCAUUUGGGAGAAUAGAUUUGCCAAGUAACACAAAAGAAAAAACUCGUCAGAAUGAGAUUUUGAGUUGUAAGAAAACAUUGUUAUGUGCUUUGCGUAGGGAUGCUCUGUAAGUAUACUAUGUUGUUUUUAUGAAAGAAUAAAUUGUUCAAUACAGCCGUGCCAAGGAAAAACACCAUACGAGCCUACAGGUGUUGCCAAAUUUCCUUUGUAAACUACGAAUUUACAGGGGAGCCUGUGUUUAUUUUUCUCCCAAUUUUUCAUAUAGUGUUCAAUCCGCAAUUUAAUCUUCUGUGUAAAUUUUAAGGAAAAAUAUUCAUAAAUUUCCCUGAAAAUUGAAGUUUUCCAGGGGGAAAUUUGGCAACAUUCGGGUGUUCUUAAGGCGUUUUCCCUUAACAUUGCUGAGUGGUACUGUAAUUUAUUGUGAAAUAAGUCAAGCUAGUCAAUUUCAAUGAAUGUUAAAAUGUAUUUUGUUACGACUUAAUCUUACAUUUAGGUGGGUAGGUAGUAACCAAGUAAGUUCGUAGAAAGCUUCCCGUCUACUACCCCUUGGAAGUACCUACAGUAAUUGUACUUUACUAUGUAUGAAAAAUUAUUAAAGAAAUAUUUAUUUCAAUCUC